GUUUGACUUGGAGGGCGGCGGCGGGAUCGGAUUGUAGUCGGAGGCGGCAGCUGCAGGGAAGAGUGUGGGGAAAUAACUUGGACAAAGGAACUGGAACAUGUUGAGUUGCUCUUGAAAGAGACCUGAAAAUGCCAGCAGUGGAGAGUGAGGCCAAGGCUAAGACCAGGGUUCGCUUUGAAGAAAUUUUCAGGAGUCAUAUUGGCCUAACAGAUAAUAAAAAGUCAAAGACGAAAACAUUAAGCACUCAGGAAAAUAUCGUGCUUGAGACCUUCAAAAAUAAUCUUGAUCUAGCUAAAGAAAGUGGAAAUGAUGAUGUAAUUAUAAACAACACUUAUAACCCAGAGGAAAGGAGUCCACGGUUUACAAAAAACAAGCUCAGAGACAAAACCUCGGUGGCUGAAAAAAUAAAUAAUAAUGUUGUCAGUGGAGAAGAAAGCAAGCAAGCAAGGUCUAGCAAGAAGAAAAAAGCAUCGUUACAACUUAAUGAGGAAGCAAACCUGUGUGAAACUAAGUUGGACAGUUUUGAAAAACAGAUUCAUGUUUUUUUAAAGAAAAAAACCAAAAGUGUAUUCCAGGCAGAUGCAGCUCAUCAAAAAGGGGACAGCAACAUAAGAAGUGCCUUGAAUGAAGUGACAGAGACAUCCGAAGUAGAUGAGGAAGAACAGCUAAUUCAAGCCUAUCAGCAGCAAGUGGCUGAGGAGGAGGCAAAUGCAAUUAAGAAGAAAAUUAAAAAGAAACUUAAAGAACAGAUGUCGAACUUCACCUCUCAUGUUCAAAGCCACGAAGUGGUAUUGAACAAUGAAGUGGGCAAAAAGAAGAAAAAGAAGAAAGAAGUGCCAGUUGUAUCUGAACCUGAAACAAGUGCAAUGUCCCUUUCUGAACUACAGAAUGACCCUGAGAAAGAAGAUAUCAUCAAAAAGAGAUCAUUGGAAAGAGAACUGAAACCAGUGCUUAGAGAGAAUGGCAUGCUAAGAGAGGAAGAACAGCUGGAAGGAGACAGUAAUAAACAAAAAUCUAAAGGAAAAAAAACAAAAAGAAUAUCAAGAAAAGCAUUAGAAGAAAACAUAGAAAACACUGAAGAAAAUAUGCCAUGUGUGACUGCUGGAAGUGUUUCACCAGAAUCAAAACCUGUUUUUGAUGAUAGCCUUGUUUUAGGUGUUUAUAUCUAUCGCAGUGAUCGACUUAAAACUGAUCUCAUGGUAUCCCAUCCCAUGGUUAAAAUUCAUGUGAUUGAUCAGAAAACUGGUCUGUAUGUCAAGAAAGAACAUAGCAGCCGAGCAGUUUCAUCUUUUUAUGAACAAGAGCAAGUGGGACAUAUUCUUCCUAUUAUGACCCAGCCUUAUGAUUUCAGACGGUUUAAAUCAACACUUCCUCAAUGGGAGGAGCAGAUCAUAUUCAAUGAACGUUUCAACUAUUUUCUCCAGGAUUCUGAAGAAAGUCCAAGCAUAAUCCUAUUCUUUGAGAUCCUUGAUUUUUUAAGCAUGGGAGAUGCAAAGACCAAUUCUGAUGUUCAAAUUCAGGAAAGUGGUUUUCGGAAAAUCUGUUGGGCUUUUCUGAAGCUUGUUGGUGCAAAUGGAGUUCGGAAUGUUGGUGGAAAACUACGUCUUCAGCUAUAUUAUCCUCCUUCAAGGUCCAGGACACAACUGAAUGUUGUGGAAGUUUAUGACUGGUGGGCAAAAUGUCCCAGAAACCAUUACCCUUCAACAUUGUAUGUAACUAUAAAGGGCCUUAAACUUCCAGAUCAUGUAGAUCCUUCUUUUCGUUCUAUGAUGGCUAUUCAGCAGGAAUAUCAUUCUCCAUCAUUCUUGGAUCUGGAGAGCAAUGUAUCAAAAAAAGCUAAUGAUUCUGAACAACAGGUGAAAAGGGAGGAACCCUUUAAAUGGUCAAAGCUUCCAGGACAGGUGUGUCGAAUCCCAAACAAGCAUCUCUUUUCUCUGCGAGCAGGAGAUACAGGAUGUUUCUGUAUUCGCUUCUCUGAGGAUGGCCGAAAAUUAGCAGCAGCUUGUGCAGGAAGAGAUGGGUAUCCUAUUAUUUUGUAUGAAAUUCCUUCAGGACAGCACUUGAGGGAAUUUUAUGGGCAUUUGAACAUUGUGUAUGAUCUUUGCUGGUCAAAAGAUAAUGAACAUCUCCUUACUGCAUCCUCAGAUGGCACUGCAAGAAUGUGGAAAAUUGAAGCCCGGACUACAUCUGCUGUGAAGGUUUUCCCUCAUCCUUCAUUUGUCUACACAGCUAAGCUCCACCCAGUAGCUGACUGUAUUGUUGUGACAGGAUGCUAUGACUCUAUAAUUAGAGUGUGGAAUGCAAAAGCAAAGGAAAUUCAUGGUCAGCUUCUACAAGAAUUUGAUGGUCACAGAGGUUUCAUCAAUACAUUGUGUUUUGAUAAAGAAGGACUAUACAUGUUCUCUGGAGACAGUACAGGGUUGAUAAUCAUCUGGAAUACUAUUGUUAAAGGAAAUUCUCACUCAUCGAUCCAACACUGGGGAAUUGAUAAGGAAAUACAAGAAGAUGAUAUUAAAGGGACACCAAUCAAUCAUUUGGAUGUGCAUCCAAAUGGAAGGCGAUUAUUAAUCCAUUCCAGAGAUAGUUCUGUGAGAAUUAUGGAUCUUCGAAUCCUUGCCACAAAGAAAUAUAUUGGUGCAACAAAUUAUCGUGAGAAAAUUUGCAGUACCUUAACACCAUGUGGAACGUUUCUUUUUUCUGGAAGUGAAGAUGGUAUAGCAUAUGUCUGGAAUUCAGAAACAGGUGAUCAGGUAGCAAUGUAUUCUGACCUUUCCUUCUCAUCUCCCCUUCGUGAUGUUGCCUUUCACCCACAUGAGCAUAUGGUGUCAUUUUGUGCCUUUGGUCAAAACCAGCCGAUACUUGUGUACAUUUAUGAUUAUAAAGUUGCCCAGCAAGAAGCUGAACUAAUAAAAGACUUCAGAGGACUACAUUUAUCAGCUUCACCUAGAGGUCCACACCUUCUUAGCAAUUCUGCAGAUAGUUCUAUACAGAAAGAUUCGACAAUGCCUCAACCUGACCAAUUUGCCAGCAUUUCAAGAAGAUCUGUGAGAAUGCAAAAAGUUAAACAGAAACUGGAUUCUGUCACAGCCAGUUCCAGUGCCUUCCUUCCUAGCCCGUCUCUGCUUUCACCACACUCCAAAUUAAGAUUGGCAAGCACACUAGGCGAACCAUGGAUUCCUCUGCAUCCUCUUUCUACUCAAAGUGGGAGUUUCGUCCCAGUAGGAAAUCCUCUUAGCAGAACAUUAUCAGCCAGACUACACACGAGCUGUGAGUUUCCAGCUUUAUUACAUGUAAAAGAAGACAUUAAUUCAGUUCCUGUCCAAGAAACAGUAGUGGCUCUUUAUGACUACACCGCGCAUCGAUCAGAUGAACUAACCAUCCAUUGCAGUGACAUUAUCCAAGUGUUAUACAAAGAUAAUGAUAACUGGUGGUUUGGCACCCUAAUGAAUGGACAGCAAGGCUAUUUUCCAGCUAACUACGUUGUUGGUGAAUCACAACUUGAAGAACAGUUGUGUUCCAGAACAGCAGAAGACUCUUCUCCUCUUUUGUUCACUGAACCAGUAGAGGCAGCAUCACCAGCUAUGCCUCAGACAUCAGCAGUUAUCAACAAGUCAAGAGAUCUAAGAUUGAUUUCAGAAAAUGACACAAAGUUCCAGGCUACACAAGGCCCAAAGAAGAAGACAAAGAAGCAAGACAUUCAAAUGAAUGAAACAGAAUUCCAGGCAAAUAAUGACUUUACAUCUAACAGUGUUGAGGAGCAAUCUAGGAAAGACAUAACAAAGAAGAAGAAGAAAAGUACUGUGAAAGCAAGAGCAAGUGGGACAUCAAAUAAUGCCUUUGUCCCAGACAUUCUUCAAGCAUAGUCACAAUUUUGGAAUUGAAUGCUGGUUUCAUAUUUUAAAGGCAGUAAGGAAAUAUAUGGAAUUAUAUUUUACUAUGGAACAAUUAAAUCUCAUAUGGUGGAAAAUAUUAAGUAUUGUCAAACACAAAUUUACAAUUAAAAUUUUUUUAUAGUGCAGAAGUCCAAGGAUCCAAAAGUAAAAGCGUGAAUUAUUUGUCUCAGUGGAAUAUUCCAGUGAAACUCAGAAUACUUACAGUGAAAUCCUAAACAGAGUUACUCCAGUUUAAGCCCAUUGAUUUCAGUGGGCUUAGACUGAAGUAACUCUGCUUAGGAUUUCACUGUUAGUGUCAUGCAUGAAUCUGGUGUUUACUUACAAAGUAGAAUAUACUUUUAAAUUUUUUUAUUGAGUUAAUGUAAUGAAAUAUUGAGGCUUACCUGGGACUUAUACAAGUUCAUGAGAUAGAGUUUGAUUAAACUUGAAGGGUACCAUUAUGAGAAAAGUUGGAUCAAGAGUUGGAACAGAAAUACUGUUCUGGAAGUUUUCAUUUUGGUUCAAAUAAAGGCAAGCAGUAGUUGUUGUUUAAUAUGUGAUAACUCUGAAGGAGUUUGAAAACUAUGAAAAAUAAAUCCAACAUACUCUCUUAUGUCUUCGUAGCUUUUGCAGCACUUCUGUAUACUUGUGUAUCAACAAACAAAUAUCAGUUAUAAUACAUCUGAGUCUGUAAAUAAGUAAAUGCCAGCCACCAUCACUAUGGGAUGCAAAAAAAUCUUAAUAUGAUUUUAAUAGAAAUUUGUAGUACAAAAAGUUCUUCAAGCAGUGUUGCGAGACUGAUUCUACUUUGUUUUGACUGUUUUUCACCAUAAUGUAGGUAGGGUAUAUUUUUAUGUAAGUAUAUUUUUGUUCUCAGGUGUAACUGUUUUUACAUUAAAAAGCAUUAAGUUGUGAACGAUUUAUUAA